AAAUACCUCGGUCGAGGCAGCUAUGGUACGGUGGAUGCUGUCACACGAACCUUUGCCAUCGGAGAACACAGAUACGCUCGAAAGACUUUCAUUUUCCCUAGGAAACCUAAACAGAGGGAGCUGAACAGAAUUCUUCAAGAGAUCGAAAUAGCCAGGAACCUCCAACACAUUCACAUUGUACGCCUUGUCGAGACGUACCAGGCUGAGCAUACAUAUGCUAUGAUCAUGCAACCGGUCGCAGAUGGGAAUCUUGAGAGCUACUUAUCUGAUCUGGACGAUGACGAUGAGCACAUGGAUAACGGACGCCGGGCGCAUGUAUCACAAUGGUUCGGAUGUUUGAUAAACGCUCUAGCAUUUCUGCAUGCGAGAAGAAUUGUGCACGGAGAUAUCAAGCCGCAAAACAUCCUCACCGUGCAAGGCAAUAUUCUCCUCACAGACUUUGGAUUAUCGAGAGAAUUUCAGGAGCAGACGAUCUCGGAAACCACAGAAAAGCGCGGGACUCCAAGGUACCGAUCCUCCGAGGAGGAGGAUGGGCGACGGGCUGGCCGAAGAUCAGACGUGUUUUCCCUAGGAGCCGUUUUCUUAGAGAUGCUCACC